GCAGGCAAGAGGGGCACCUUUGUUGUUGGACUAAUAUUCAUAGCCCUGGGCACUGGAGGUAUCAAAGCGAAUGUGGGUCCUUUUGGAGCCGAGCAAGUAGAGUCUCUGGGUCCUAAAGCACUGAGGUCGUACUUUAACUGGUUCUACUGGGUGGUUAACGUUGGAGCCUUCAUUGCAUAUGCUGGUGUGGCUUACAUCCAACAAAACAUCAGCUUUGCCUGGGGUUACUUGAUUCCUUGUCUGAGCAUGAUACUUGCACUGUUCAUCUUUGUUAUUGCACGUACAGCCUACGUCAAAACAGAACCUAAAGGCAGUGUAUUGACUGACGUAUUCAGAAUAUGUAAACAAGGUGCUUGUAAGUCAGACCCACCGGCGAAUCCCAAACUGCCAAGUGGAUCCGAACAGCAAAUGUUUGCGAGAGCAAAGAUCAGUUUUGGAGGAUACAACGAAGACCACCUUGUCGACGGUGUUGUCAGUGUUAUCAGAGUGACCCCCUUCUGUAUCCUGGUGAUUAUGUACUGGGCUCUGUAUUCACAGAUGUCUAACACCUUCUUCGCGCAGUCAGAGCGGAUGGAUGUUCGCAUGGGAGAUGACUUCAGUAUGCCAGCAGCUGCUCUGAAUAUCUUCGACACCAUCUGCAUUAUUGUGCUCAUCCCUUUCGUCGAUUUUCUGUUGUACCCUUGUUUUGAGAAGAUGGGAAGGCCGUUGACAUAUCUUAAGAGAAUAGGUAUAGGGCUGCUCCUGGCCAUGCUGGGCGUUAUCAUAGCUGGAGUCGUAGAGAUUUACAGGAAAAAAGACUUAGAGAUGCAUCCAAUAUCCCAAGUAUUGGCCGGAGAAAACUUCACAGCCUCCAGUAUGUCAGUGUUCGUUCAAGUGCCACAGUUUGCGCUGAUCGGUGCCAGCGAGAUUUUUACCAGUGUCACUACCCUUGAAUUCGCAUACAAUCAGGCCCCUGUCUCCAUGCAAGGUUUGCUCACUGGACUCUUUCUGGCUGCAUCUGGGUUCGGCAGCUGGGUCUCCUCAGCUAUACUGGCAAUAGUAGAAAAGGCCUCAGAAGAACAUCCCUGGUGGAGUGAUGAGAUUAACGACUGCAAAAUGGAGUACUUGUUAUUUCUUCUCGGAGGAAUAAUGUUUAUCAACUUCCUCAUCUUCUGUGUGAUAGCUCACUUCUACAAAUAUCAAGACCCAGCAACAUUUGAAAAAACUGUCAAUGAAGAUAGUACAGAAGAUGACAAGGACGUGCAGGUUCACCAAAUUAAUGGCAACUCGAAUCAUUUCAAAUUAGCAGAGCUACCACAUGAUUAUACACAGGAGCAGUAUGACCGAAAUCAUUAG